AUGUCUGAAGUCGCCAACUCCACCUCGCCCGUCCAGGACGGUGCUGCCACCGCCAACGGCGCCGAGGUCAACACCCAGGUCCCCGCCGCCCAGGGCGAGGCACCCACUCCCACCGCCCAGCAGGCCCACCAGAACUCCGCUUCCCUCUAUGUCGGCGAGCUCGACCCCUCCGUCACCGAGGCCAUGCUCUUCGAGCUGUUCUCUUCCAUCGGCCAGGUCGCGUCGAUCCGUGUGUGCCGUGACGCCGUUACCCGUCGCUCGCUCGGUUACGCGUAUGUUAACUACAACAGCUCUGAGGACGGCGAGAAGGCCCUCGAGGAGCUGAACUACACUGUCAUCAAGGGCAAGCCUUGCCGUAUCAUGUGGUCCCAGCGCGACCCCGCUCUGCGCAAGACUGGUCAGGGUAACGUCUUCAUCAAGAACCUUGACCACGCCAUUGACAACAAGGCUCUCCACGACACCUUCGCCGCCUUCGGUAACAUCCUGUCCUGCAAGGUCGCUCAGGACGAGAUGGGCAACUCCAAGGGUUACGGAUUCGUCCACUACGAGACCGCCGAGGCCGCCAACAACGCCAUUAAGCACGUUAACGGCAUGCUUUUGAACGAGAAGAAGGUUUUCGUCGGCCACCACAUUCCCAAGAAGGAGCGCAUGAGCAAGUUCGAGGAGAUGAAGGCCAACUUCACCAACAUCUAUGUCAAGAACAUCGACCUUGAUGUUACUGACGACGAGUUCCGUGAGCUCUUCGAGAAGCACGGAGAUAUCACCUCCGCGUCCAUCGCAAGGGACGACCAGGGCAAGAGCCGUGGUUUCGGUUUCGUCAACUACAUCAAGCACGAGGCUGCCGCUACUGCCGUCGAUUCCCUGAACGACACCGACUUCAAGAGUCAGAAGCUCUACGUUGGCCGCGCUCAGAAGAAGCACGAGCGUGAGGAGGAGCUCCGCAAGCAGUACGAGGCUGCCCGUCUCGAGAAGCAGUCCAAGUACCAGGGCGUUAACCUUUACAUCAAGAACCUUGGUGACGAGGUUGAUGACGAGAAGCUCCGUGAGAUGUUCACUCCUUUCGGCACCAUCACCUCCGCUAAGGUCAUGCGUGAUGCCGUCCCUGCUGAGGGUGCCAAGGCUGAUUCAGACUCUGAGGAGAAGAAGGAUGAGGCUGAGGAGAAGCCCGAGGAGAAGGAGGUCGAGGAGAAGAAGGAGGAGGAGGAGUCAUCUGACGAGAAGAAGGAUGACUCUACCAAGGCUGGCGACAAGGUCACCAUCAAGGGCGAGAAGAAGAUUCUCGGCAAGAGCAAGGGCUUCGGCUUUGUCUGCUUCAGCAACCCCGAUGAGGCCACCAAGGCUGUCACCGACAUGAACCAGCGCAUGUUCGACGGCAAGCCCCUCUACGUCGCUCUUGCCCAGCGCAAGGAUGUCCGCAAGAACCAGCUCGAGGCUACCAUCCAGGCUCGCAACCAGCUCCGCAUGCAGCAGCAACAGCAGCAGCAGUUCGGCGGCAUGCCCCAGAUGUUCGUCGCUCCUGGUCAGCCCAUGAUGUACCCUCCUGGUGGCCGUGGCCAGAUGCCCUUCCCCGCCGGCAUGCCUGGACAGCAGGGCGGUCGUGGCUUCCCCAGCGGUAUGCCUCAGCAGGGUGGCCGUGGUGGCCCCAACGCCCAGCAGAUGCCUCCUAUGUACAUGCCCCCUGGCAUGGCUCCCGGUGGCUUCCCUGCUCCUUACAUGACUCCUCAGUACAUGCAGCUCGCUGCUCAGGCUCAGCAGGCUAUGGGCGGUCGCGGCGGUCGCGGCGCCGGCCCCAUGCCCGGUAUGCCCGGCAUGCCUCAGGGUCAGAUGGCUCCUGCCAUGCGCGGUGGCCAAGGCUUCCCCCAGGGCGGCCGUGGUGGUCCUAACGGCCGUCCCGGCCAGGGUCCCCAGGCUGGUUUCCCCCGCGCUGGCGGUAUCGACCUGAACGUCCUCAAUGCUGCCCCCGUCGGACAGCAGAAGCAGAUGCUCGGCGAGGCGCUUUACCCUAAGAUCCACGAGAUCCAGCCCGAGUUGGCCGGCAAGAUCACCGGUAUGCUCCUCGAGAUGGACAACAGCGAGCUCAUCAACCUCACCUCCGACGAGUCCGCUCUCCGCGCCAAGGUCGACGAGGCCAUGAGCGUCUACGACGAAUACGUCAAGAACAAGGACGGUGAGGGCGAGAAGGAGGCCCCCAAGGAGGAGACCAAGGAAGAGACCAAGGCUUAA